UUUUUCUCCAAUAGUUCGGUUUCAGUUGCUUUUCUGUUGUCGUUCCGUUGUGUUUCCUACUGUUGUUGUAGCGCAAACCGUUACUCCGCCGUUCAUUCGUUCGUUUUAUUUCUAUUUUUCAUUCGCUGUAAUUUUCUUGGCAAUGCCGCCCGCCGCAGUAUCGAGACCCGCGACGAAACUCAUAUCCAACAAGAAAAUCAACUAAAAUAAUAAUUUCGUAAUUUCAAUCGGAGUGAAUCUAAUGUCAAUAAAGUUACAAGUGAAAUUGUAGAGAAAUUUGUACCAAAUUAAAAAACAAAAGUUUUGUAAAAAUAUUCAUUAAAAAGAAAAAACAAGGGCUUCCACGAAAUUGAAAUAAAAUAAAAAAGAAAAACAAGAAAAAUUUCAUGUUUAUUAUGAGCCCUCUGUUUAUGUGCGUGCGAUAAGGACAACCCUUGAAUUGUUGUUAAAAAAAACCCAAAAGUAUAAACGAGACAUCGUGAGCGUUGGCAUUUUUGAAGGAAUUUUUCACUUCCACUUCCAUCGAGUACGACUACGAGUACCGCGCUGCGCCGCCGAGCCGACCAGAAGCAGAAGCAGACCAGAAGGGAUAUUUUUGUUCGUGCAAUUCUGUACUGUGUACCAAAAGUAGAAGAAGAGAGUCGAAGUGAUAAAUAAAUAAAAAGAACCAAAAUUUCGAUCUCCCUUACCUGCUACACCUCUUCUGUAUCUGUAUCUGUUCCGUUUUGUUUCUUUCUACUUCUCUAGUUGUUUUGUUGGCCCCGCACCCGCACCGAAAGCCAAAAUUGAACACAACCUAAGCCCUAGCAUCAUUCUAUCUCCCCUCGUUUAUCAUUUUUGUUUUACGUUUUUUGGGCUGUCAGAAUUUCCGAUAUCGAAUUCCUGUGUUGUGUCGUCGUCCGUCGACUGUCGAAAAUAAAGUGCAACGGCUAUACUGAAAAAUACACACACAAAAGUGCAAAAGACCCAACAAUCUUUCAAAACGGGGCUUGAUAAAAGUAAAUUAAUUAAUUAAAGUUAAAUAAAGCAAAGCAAAACUGCAAUUAUUGUGUCUUUCGUCUUUCCAAAUUCGAAACGAAGCCAAGGUGUGAAAAAUAUUUAACAAAAAUCCAAGCUAAACGAGGAGAAACACGUCAAGAAGAGAGCUGCAAGAAGAAAGUGCCAAAAGAAUCCAAUAAGAAAUGUGAAAUAGUGAUAAAAGAAAAUAAAAAAUAGUGCAAGAAACCGAAGAGCAGCAAAUUGUGAUAAAAAUAUUUGUUUCUUAUUUUGGUUCCUUCGAUGUUUUCAUAAAUGUUUAUGGAUGGAAUUUUGAUUUAGAGUAAAAACAAAACCCUCUAAAAAGUUGUAUAUGGAAAUGGAUACAUUAACUUGGAGUAACCCUUUGGCAGGGACAUCUUCUUCAUCAUUUGCUGCAGAACCAGAGGCGCCUGCAAUGUAAAAUAAAAUAUAAACAUUAAAAGGACUUUCUUCCAAAAAUUGAUUGACACAAUCGAUUGCCAAUUUUCAUCAAUUUAAUAAAUAAAAUAAAAUUAACAAACAACACACCCACUUAAAAAGAUCUGUUUAGUUUAAUUAAGUUUUCUCAUUCUCAUAGUGAAGUGUGCCAAAUUUUGUUAACAAAUAAAAUAAAAAAGAAUCAUAUUUAUUUUGUAAAAGUUUAGAACGUAGCUCGUCGUAGUAAAAGUGUAGUAAUAGAACAAUAAAAAGAAAACCGCGUCUCUUUCUUUAAAAAAAAAGUUAUGGUCAAUUAUUCGUCGCGUUCAAUUAAAAGCUGAUAAAAAUGAAUUUAAAUCAACACAGUGGACCAGGACCGCCGCAGCUGCCAAUGUCAACGUUGGGCGUUUCAAUGAUGGUUAAUUGUAAUGGCGGUGUUGGUGGAAGUGGUGGCGGAAGUGGUAGUAAUAAUGGUCCACCGCCACCAGUGGCACGAGCCAUAUCCUCAGACCGUUUAGUUACUGGACCAUCAUGUCGAGCAUUAAAGACCGCGGUUUCAGCAUUAUAUUCAGUGGAUGAUUUUGUCAAGGAGAAAAUUGGAUCAGGCUUCUUUUCAGAAGUUUAUAAGGUCACACACCGAACGACUGGAGAAGUUAUGGUACUAAAAAUGAAUCAAUUACGUGCAAAUCGACCAAAUAUGCUGAGAGAAGUUCAACUUCUAAAUAGAUUAUCACAUCCAAACAUUUUAAGCUUUAUGGGUGUUUGCGUUCAAGAGGGACAACUCCAUGCACUGACCGAGUACAUUAAUGGUGGUUCCUUGGAGCAAUUAUUAGCUAAUAAGAAUGAAGUAUUAAGUCCUUCCCUUAAAAUAAGACUGGCGCUUGGAAUUGCCAAAGGCAUGCAGUAUUUGCAUGAGGCUGGUAUUUUUCACAGGGAUCUAACUAGUAAGAACGUUCUAAUAAGAAAGCUACCUGAUGGUCUUCUUGAUGCUGUCGUUGGUGAUUUUGGUUUAGCAGCGAAAAUUCCUGACAAAGGUGUUAAAACACGACUUGACACAGUCGGUUCACCAUAUUGGGUAAGUCCAGAGUGCCUAAAAGGUCAAUGGUACGACCAGACCAGUGAUGUUUUCUCCUUUGGCAUCAUUUUGUGUGAAACAAUUGCACGAAUUGAAGCCGAUCCGGAUAUAAUGCCACGAACCGAUUCCUUUGGUCUAGACUAUUUGGCUUUUGUUGAAUUGUGUCCGAUGGACACACCACCUGUGUUUUUAAGACUGGCAUUUUAUUGUUGUAUAUAUGAUCCAAAAAGUCGUCCGACUUUCAAUGACAUCGUAAAGAAAUUGAACAUCAUGUGGGAGAAUUUCUGUGAGGAUGUGAGUCCGUUGAGCUCACUUGAACUGACCUGCAGCCCUAGUGGCAGUGACUCGGAGAGUCAAAUAACAAUCACCAGCAAUGGCAGUGGUGGAAGUUGUAGUACCUUAAUGAACGGCUGUCCGAAUGGACUCGAUAAUAGUAGUAGUAAUGGUGGCAAGCGCUAUUCCAUCGAUUCAAAUGGUGCCAAUGGCAUGAGUCCACAGCCAACGAGUUCCAAUGAGAGCAGUAGUCAGGGCUACGAUGAGUUCGAGACGAGAAUUUUGAAAACCAGAGUGCGGCGUGCCACAAAGAAGCUUGAAGCUGAGCUGCAGCACAGGCGGUCGAUGAGCGAGAAUAUCAUACACUUCCCAUUGCAUACAACGCCAAGCGACAAGGCGCGAUGUCAUCAAAUGCAACGACAAAAGACCGUCUGCACGCCAACACCCGAGUCGCCUAUUUCACUUAACCUGACGCUGCGAAAAGUGGCCGAAACGAUGUGCCUGAAAGAUCCUCAGUAUAAACCCAUCAAACUAGACCACAAUGGGGUCAAGUCCAAUCCAUUCACAGCAUUGGCUCAGCUCAGGGGUGUGAAAAAGAUCCUGGGAGCGAAUCCAAAGACUUACGCAGCAGGUGUGGGUGAUUUGUUUAGUUCGUGCUUUGAGAUGUCGGCGCCGUUCUUCAAAGAACUCGCAGCCUUGCAAAAGGCGACAAAAUCCGCAACAGAGCCAAAGAGUCUGCCAACCUCGCCAAAUGUGACACGCAAAUUUAGUGCUAUAGAGCUAAAGCUCUCCCCAUCGGCCAAGAGCAAACUCGAAGCUUUCUGUGUGUCCAAUGACGAUCAGGUGAAUGGAGCGAGUGGCAAUUGUGCCGAUGGUGAGUCGAGCAGCGAUGGAGAAUCUACAAUGCCAAAUAAAAUGGAUAACCUCCCUCUGCCGCGCAAAUAUCGAGCCAAUUCGCUUUUCAAUCACCCGCUGUUUAGGAACAUAAAAAACGAUGACGUCGGCGGCACAUCUGAUUCGCACUCGUCCGAAGAAAACGAGGGCAGUGAGCACAACAUCAAAGUGAAAUCAGACGAGAAGCCACCUCUACCACCGUCGUCGACGAUAUUGCAGUCUGGAGACUACGAGACAAAGGGACAAGAUUUUGUCACCCCCAAGACGCUCACCCGCCGCGAUUCCAUCGAGAGUGGCUUCUUUUCGUGCUUCAAUGAGGACGCAGAUGCCAUCACUUUCAAGAAUUCACAACCCUGCACGUGCAUGGAUCAACUUAAGACACAUUUAAAUCUAGACGGUUCGUCUAGUGAUAAACUGGCAAACCUCUGCCGGUGUUGCUAUUUCCAAAAUAGCCAACUAUCCAAUCAAAACCUUAAUGACUCCUCCUCGGUGCUGAUGAUUGACGAUGCAGCAGCAUCGUCAACGAAUGUCAGCUCGCUGCGGAGUCUGGAUGACCUAGAACUGGCCGAUGUGCGGAAGCGGUAUCCUUGCCAUCACCAUCUGCUGAGUAAUAUGGACGCUACCUCAAUCGACAUGGGACUUAUUAACCGCCUAGCGCUUGAUUCUGAGAUCAAUUCUCUGAUUCAAAAGUCGCCGUUUGCCAAUCAGUUGCUGUACAGUAAAAACCGCACAUCAUCGAUAUACACCGAUAGCUCGGAUGACAUCAGUAGUUUAGCCGGAUCGGAUUCCCUGCUGUGGGACGAGAGGUCGUUUUCCUCGCAUCCCAACACCCGAUCGGCACAAAUUGCCAAAAUCGUCGAGUACUUCGAGCGCAAGGGGCAAACGCUGAGCAACUUUAAAGUACCUGAUUCGUUUAAGACCUCGUCGGUGACGUCGUCUUCAGCUGCAGCUGCUGCUGCCGCCGUCAGUAGUUGCAGUAGUAGUAGUGGAGUUUCCUCCACAACCUCAUCUUCGUCCAUGGCAGCUGCCGCAGCAGUAGCAGCCGUAGCUGCGGCUAACUUACGAUCAGAAUACCUGAGUGGAUACGAUUCGAGGCAUUUCCGUAGUCGCUAUGGUCAAGGAGACUACGAAGCGUUCUGCUUUGACUUGGACAAAAAACCAACGCAACAACGCCUGAUGGUCUGUGAUGGUGCUGUAAAAUCGAAGCUUCAAAUAUUCGAUAAGCCAAAGCAACAACAACCGCAUGGCAUACAAAAAGAAUGAGAGUCAAUUGUGGAGGAGUAGGUAAACAAAAACAAAAACAAAACCGAAAAAGAUAAAGAAGACAAGUAAAUUGUUGUAUUUUAAUUGUUGUUUUUAUAAAGAUCGUGCUUAAAUGAACAAAAAUAUCCUUUUUCUCUUUGCAAUGCUCCUCCUUGCCCUACAUAACAUAAUACCUACACCUAGAAAAGUUUUUUUCGUUUUUAAUUUUUAGUGUUCACUAUGUUUACUAUUUUUCCUUUCCUUAAUAAAUUAAUAAAUAAUAUAUAAGCCAAAUCUAUUUAAACAAAUAUUAUUUAGUAAUCUAUUAUUAUUUAUAGUGUAUUUUUAUAUGCAUAUAAAUAAAUAAUAUUAUUUUUUCCUUUAAUUUUUGUAAUUUCUAUAAUUUUUAAGUGAAUUGAUUAGGUUAGUAAAGAAAAGAAAAACAAUAAAAAACAAAUCAAUAUUAUUUAGUUUAAGUCUAAAAUAUUAUUUAUAAUUUCUUUUUUUACAAACAUUUCUGAUUCAAAAAAACAAUAACAAUUAAACAAAUUAAUUUAGUUUUUGUUAUAAUUUUCAAGAUGUCGGUCUAUUUAUUUAUUUCAAAAAAACUAUCAUCUGCUCCGUUUAGCCAUUUCAUCAUUUAAUGAACUUACAAGAGUUAAGGAAAAGCUUUUUCGGCGAUAAUGUCCAGACUUCAGCAAAGUCUUUCAAUCUUUGACGUUAGGCAAUAAGGUCGAAAAGUCAGAGACUGAUCACACAGACUCAAUGAACCUAAGACGUUAAUAUCAAAACCUUAUAUGAAUUUGUCUGUCCUAUUGUUUAAACACUAAAUUAAUACAAUAUUUAACAGGUUUUCUAGACUCAAGUUGUUAGUAUUAAACGAACCUAAAAUGCUAUUUUUUUUUAAGGCAUUCUUGUCCAACGCCAACGAAAUAUAGUUUGUAACCUUUCUAGGAAUUCAUUGUUACUUUUAAGUCAAAUUGAAGCUUUCAGCUUUUAUGUUCAUCCCAAAAUUUUAAAAUGACUUAAGCCAUUCGGGGAUCGGUUAUCAUGGAACUGUGUUGUUGUCACUAACUUAAAAAGUCUACACACUUAGACCAGUAGUUGAUCCUUUGUGAUGCCAUAUGGAUUUAAGGAUCUUUUCUACUCAUUUAAAGAUUUGAAGCUGAUAACAAAGCGUUUGAGAAAAUUAAUGUCGGAAUUAUGAGAUCACUGGGAGCAUUAUUAAAAGUCUCGUAAGUGGCAUCUCGUCUUUGUCUUAAGGCGAAAAUCCUUUCCAGCAAUUCGUCUUUACUUUGGAGUAAAAUUUAAGCUUUUAACUUCUAUGUUAAGUGCAUCCCAACAUUUGAAAAUCACCUAAGCCAUUCGGGGAUCCGUUCUUAUGGUAAUUGCUUGUUGUCACUGACUCAAAAAGCCAACACACCUUAAACAGUAGUUUAUCCUUUGUGCACCACAUGGAUUUACGGAUCUUUCCUUCUAAUUUAAACAUUUGAAGCUUAUGAAAAAGUGUUCGAGACAUUAAAUGUCGGAAUUUAUCAGAUCACUGGGAGCAUUCUUAAAAGUCUCGUAAGUGGCGUCUCGUCUUUGUCUUAAGGCGAAAAUCAACUUGAGACCUUCUUCUCUAACGCCAAAGAAAUAUAUUAGGUAACAUUUCAAGCAAUUCGUCUUUACUUUGGAGUAAAAUUUAAGCUCACAACUUUUAUGUUAAGUCCACCACAACAUUUGAAAAAGGCUUAAGACAUUCAGGUAUCGGUGCUCUUGGUACUUUCUUGUUGUCACAGACUGGAAAAGUCAAUACAUCUAGAUCAGUAGUUGAUCACUUGUGAUACCAUAUGGAUUAAAUGAGCUUUUCUUCUCAUUUCAAAAUUUGAAGCUAUUAAAAAUGCUUUUGAAUUAAUAUACAUAUGUCAGAAUUUAUCUGAUCACUGUUGGCAUUAUUAAAAGUUUCGUAUAAGUGCAGUCCUUGUUUUUGUGUAUUAUGUCGAAAUUCAAUUGCAGCAGCUCCAGUCUUCAAUUGAGUUACUAAAGGUGUGGGUUCUAUAACGUUAAAUCUAAACAUUUGUCUAUCCUUAGGUUCAUUUUAUAUUUGCUUAGUAAAAAACAACCCGAUUCCGUAAAUGUCUGAAACAGUGCUCAUAUUUGGUAAAUAGAACUAUUUAAUGGUGUUUUGAAAUCUGUUAACAACGAAUAAUUGUUGAUUUCUUUUAUGCUGUUUUUCCUUUCAAUUUUGAUAUUCAAAACCUUAAGACCAACGUGUACUAGUAGCUUUUUCUUUCUGAAUAUUUCCCUAUUUUCCUAAAAUCCAAAUAGUAUUGAUAAACAGUAGUAAAUUAAAAAAAAAAAACAUAUUUUCAGUAUUUCCGUGUAUUUUUAAUUAGAAGUUGUUUAAAGUUUAUUUAAUACACUUAUUUAUUUUUAUUGAGCUCUUUAUUGAACUCGAGGUUGUAAAGUACAACAUAAAAAUGAAAAGAAUUAAGAGAUUUUGUCUUAAAACAAGCAUAAAUGUAUUGCUUUUAAAAAACACCAAGAACAACAAAUUCAAAAUUAGAGGAAGAUGAAAACGACGAUAGUCAAACAAAUCGAGGGAUGGUCAAAACUAAUGAUGUUCAUAAUGUGUAAAACGGAAAAUUUAUAUUUAUAUCAACUUCUAGCCUUUUUAUUUGUAAACAAA